CGCUCUACCGUGAGUACCGCAACCUAAAGCAUGCAGUGCUCCAGGCCGGCGACGGACACCGCAUCCUAGAGCAGUCUCUCCCCGAGACAGCUGAGGAGGCACAGGAGCCAAGCUGCUGGGGUCCCCACCUGAAUCGAGCUGCCACCCAGAAUACACAGCCUAUACCCAGGCAGGGCCCAUCGAGUUCAGUACAAGACUAUGGAAAGAGGCUCAAAGCCAAUCUGGAAAACAACCCGAAAACAGCAAAGCUACAGACUAGGCCAAACUUGAGCCGAAAACGCCAGCCUCAGAAGAGAACCUCGCCCACGGUGCCCACCCCAAGGCCACCAGGCCCAAGGACCUGUCCAGAUGAAACUAAUGAUGUACUUCCCAGGCUUCCUGAGCCCCAGCCAAGACUAGGCCAACUCCAACAGCUUCAGGCAUCCCUGAGUCUGAGGCUGAGUUCCCUAGAUCCUGGCUGGUUAGAGCGGUGUCACAACAGAGUUUCAGACCUUCUAGAGGUCCCCAGUGCCUGUAGGCUUGACCUGGAUGGAAAGGGGUUACAGCCUCAAAUGUCAGGCGAGGUGAAUGUCCUUGACCCUGGUACCCAUUCAGAAGGGUCUUCACAGAGCCCAGGGGCCCUAGCCAUACAGCCACAGAGCCCCAAAUCCAGCAACAAGAAAGACAGGAAACAGAACUGGAGUGAGAGUUCUGAGGACUUUGCACAAGCUCAGGACAGCAGCCAAGAAGGACUACUAUGUAAGGGAGCCGGGGCUACAGCACAUGAGAAAGACCAUCCAGGAGAACCAGCACUUGUGAGUGCAUCUCGGCCCCACAACUCCUCCAAGAAGGCCAGGACAGAGAAGGCUGAGGGCAAAGCCCACGCUCACACCACCACUAGACCAGCUUUCCUGGACAGAGGGAACUAUAUUCGACUCAACAUGAAACAGAAGUGCUACGUACGAGUUGGGGCCAAUCGAGGCAGGCUUCUCCGAAAGCAGGUGUGGAAGCAGAAGUGGAAGAAGAAAGGAGAACAGUUUGGGGGGAGUAGACCCAGAGCCACAGUCCAGGACACUUGUUUCCAGUGUGGGCAGUUUGGUCACUGGGCAUCCCAGUGCUCCCAGCCAGGCUCCACCAUGACCUUCCAGGAGGAAGGUGGCGGGGAUGACAAACAGCCCAUUUCCACUUUGGAAGAAGACACACAGAUGGCAAGCACUCCUUCCUGUCACCUGUCUAGUGAGGACACAGACCCUGAUGGACCAAAGCUGCAAGUACCCUGUCCUCCCCGCCCAGUGCUGCCCUUCUACCCACCAGGGCCCUCGGGGCAUAUAGCAGAAACCCCUGCUGAGGUAUUUCAGGCCCUACAGCAGCUAGGGCACCAAGCUUUCCGCCCUGGGCAAGAACAUGCAGUCAUGCGGAUUCUUUCUGGCAUCUCGACUCUGUUAGUGCUGCCCACAGGUGCUGGCAAGUCUCUUUGCUACCAGCUGCCGGCACUGCUGUAUGCGCAGCGAAGCCCCUGCCUCACACUGGUGGUCUCUCCUCUCCUGUCACUCAUGGAUGACCAGGUGUCUGACCUGCCUGCAUGUCUGAAGGCAGCCCGCCUCCACUCGGGUAUGACCAAAAAACAACGAGAAGCUGUCUUGAAAAAGGUAAAGGCAGCCCAGGUGCAUGUGCUGCUUGUGUCCCCUGAGGCCUUGGUCGGGUGUUGGGCGAAGGGCCCUGCCAGUCUCCCCCAGGCCACUCAAUUGCCUCCAAUUGCCUUCGCCUGCAUUGACGAGGUCCACUGCCUGUCUCAGUGGUCACACAACUUCCGGCCCUGCUACCUGCGUGUUUGCAAAGUACUUCGGGAACAUAUGGGCGUGCACUGCUUUUUGGGUCUCACAGCCACAGCCACACGAAGCACUGCCCGUGAUGUGGCCCAGCACCUGGGCAUAGCCGAAGAGCUGGAGCUCAGUGGGUUAGCCACCAUCCCUGCUAAUCUGCACCUCUCCGUGUCUGUGGACAGAGACUCAGACCAGGCUCUGGUGACACUGCUGCAAGGUGACCGCUUUUGUACCCUGGAUUCUAUUAUCAUUUACUGUACUCGAAGAAAGGACACCGAACGGGUGGCUGCACUGCUCCGGACCUGCCUGUCUGUGGUGAGAGAGCCAAGGCAUGGAGGUUGUGGCCCUGAGGCUAUAGCUGAAGCAUACCAUGCUGGCAUGUGCAGCCAGGAACGGCGACGAGUGCAACAGGCCUUCAUGCAGGGCCACCUGCGGGUGGUAGUGGCCACAGUAGCCUUUGGGAUGGGGCUGGACCGGCCAGAUGUUCGGGCUGUGCUACACAUGGGACUGCCUCCAAACUUCGAGAGCUAUGUGCAAGCCAUCGGCCGUGCAGGACGUGAUGGGAAACCUGCCCAUUGUCACCUGUUCCUGCAGCCCCAGGGUGAAGACCUUUGGGAACUGCGUAGACACGCCCAUGCCGAUGGCAUUGACUUCUUGGCUGUGAAGAAGCUGGUGCAGCGUGUGUUUCCAUCCUGUACAUGCACCCGAAGGCCUAUGUCCAAACCCAUGCUUGAGGAGGCCAAAGAGCACAACAGCCAACAAAUACACCCUGUAUUGGGACAGGCCUGCCUGGGCCACAAGCGGGCAUUCCCAGUGCAGUCUACGGUACAGGCUCUGGACAUGACAGAGGAGGCUAUUGAAACUCUGCUGUGCUAUCUGGAAUUACACCCUCGGCGCUGGCUGGAGCUGCUGCCAUGCACCUAUGCCCACUGUCAUCUACACUGCCCUGGGGGCAGUGCUCAGCUGCAAGCUCUGGCCCAUAGGUGUCCCCCAUUGGCUGCAUGCUUGGCCAAGUACCCACCUAAAGACACAAGUCGGGGCAGCAGCUCCUUAGAUUUUGACAUGGUGGAGCUGGCAGACUCAAUGGGCUGGGAUCUGUCCUCUGUACGGCGGGCUCUCUACCAGCUGCAGUGGGACCAAGAGCCAAAGAAAGGUGCACCACGGGGCACAAGGGUGCUUGUGGAGUUCAGCGAGUUGGCCUUUCACCUGCACAGUCCUGGUGACCUGACAGAUGAGGAGAAGGACCAGAUCUGCGACUUUCUGUACAGCUGUGUACAGGCUCGUGAACACAAGGCCCUGGCCCAUCUACACCAAAUAUCUAUGGCCUUUCGCAGCGUGGCCUUUCCCAGUUGUGGACCCUGUCUAGAACAGGCUGAUGAGGAGCGCAGCAACCAGUUGAAGACCUUGCUCAGCCACUACUUUGAGGAAGAGGAAGAGGAAGCUGUGAAGGAUGAGCAGAGUCCAGAGCCUGGGCAGACCGAGCUUCAGGACUGGGAGGACCAUAUUCGCCGUGAUAUCCGCCAGCUCCUGUCCCUGAGGCCAGAGGAAAGGUUUUCUGGACGGGCUGUGGCCCGCAUCUUCCAUGGCAUUGCAAGUCCCUGCUACCCAGCCCAGGUAUAUGGGCAGGACCGGCGCUUCUGGAGAAAGUAUCUACAUAUGAACUUCCAUGCCUUGAUGCGCCUGGCUACAGAAGAGCUCCUGCUGAGAGGACGAUGACCACCCUCCAUGGGAGAAUGCUACAUGACGGAGACAUGAGGCAAGCCAGACUGGCCACUACAGAGGGGUCAAGUUCAUCUUCUCACCAAGGCACUGAUGUAGCUAUCACUGACCAUUAGGCAAAACCUCCUAGUUUACAGGAAGGGGACAAGACGAUCCAAAGUGCAAAAUAAAAAGCAUUCAAUCA